AUGAAGCUUAAAGAGUUCAAUGCUAAGGUGAAAUCACUUCCAUUCUAUGUCACUUUUGAAGAAGCUUGGGAUAAACAUGGUCUAGUGGAGUUCUUUUUCACAACUAGUGAAAACAAAGAAGAGAUACACCAACUUUUCAGAAGGCACGAUUUCCCCAUGCCCCUCAUGCAGUCAAUCAACCACCAUCACCACCAUCAUCACCACCACCCAGUGCCAGCAUGUCUUUCCAACAAGCUUGGCGCCACUACCCAUUCACCACCUUCUUCCACAACUGCAAGAGAGACACCUGAGGACAUCAAAGAGCUUUUUGAGAAAGCUAAAGUUCAGCCUACCUUCAAGACCCUCUACAAGAUUGAAGACCCAGGUCAAUUCUCUAUUCCCUGUCAAGUAAAUGGUCAUUACUUUGAUAGAACACUAUGCGAUUCUGGCUCUUGCAUAAACCUCAUGCCAACCCAAACCGCCAAACUCCUUGGCAUCACACGCUUGCAACCUGCUCAAAUUAGUAUUGGACUUGCUAACCAUACUAUAGCCAAGCCAAGAGGAGUUGUUAUUGAUGUUCUUCUAGAGAUUGGAGAUAUCAAGAUCCCGGUGGACUUUCAUGUCAUGAACAUCAAGGAGGAUGUGACACACCAUUGA